AAAAAAGAACAGCCCGGAUCUUAAUACCGAUAGCAGCGCUUGCGAGAAGUUCCAAAACGUACAUGUCCUGCCUGGGAGCGGAGGCUAGACGGUCUUCCUGAAAGGGACGAGACUCUCCUCUUUGGCCAUGAUGUGCCCCACAUUGAGUCCGGCGGGACGCAGUCCGGGCCUCUCCGACAUGCACCAAUACAGCCAAUGGCUCUCCAUACGGCACGAAGCCAACCUGCUCCCCAUGAAGGAGGACCUGGCCCUGUGGCUGACCAUCAUGCUGGGGACGGAGGUGACGGCUGAGACCUUCCUGGAGAAGCUGGAUAACGGAGCUCUGCUGUGUCAGCUCGCCGAAACCCUGCAGGAGAAAUUCAGGGAGAAGCUGAUUGAAGCGGGAAAGUCAGACAAGAGUCUUCCAUCCAAGAGGAUUCCACGCCGAGCCAACGCCCCAUCCGGUUCCUUCUUCGCAAGAGACAACACAGCCAACUUCCUGUCCUGGUGUAGAAGUAUCGGGGUCGGGGAGACCUGCUUGUUUGAGUCUGAAGGACUCGGUAAGUAG